AUGCCGGUUGUAGAGAUGAAUGGCUGCGAAGGAGAGUGUGUGAUCUGCUUGGAGGAGUGGAAGUCCGAGGAGACGGUGAAGGAGAUGCCGUGUAAGCAUAGGUUUCAUGGUGGAUGUGUAGAGAAAUGGUUAGGGUUUCAUGGAUCGUGUCCUGUUUGUAGGGACGAGAUGCAUGUUGAUGGAGAUGAGGUUGGGAAGAAAAGAAACGACGGAGGAGAGGUUUGGGUUAGGUUUAGUUUCAACGAUGGUCGGAGAGAGCUAGAGAUUCUUCUGGUCAAGACGAUGGAAGCAGUGAUGGUGAUGGUAACACUAUUGGAUCUAGUGGCACAGUUUAGUCCGAGAUUUAGGGUUACAGAAGCUUUUUUGUAA